AUGGUGCUCUCUCACGCCGCAUCAAAUACGGACGUCUCUCACUCCACAUUCGCAUCACCAUACGUCCGAACUUCACUUCCCAGGUUCAAGAUGCCGGGAAACUCAAUUCCGAACGAAGCUGCGUAUCAGAUGAUGCACGACGAGCUAAUGCUUGACGGCAAUUCAAGGCUGAACUUAGCCUCCUUCUUGACAACUUGGAUGGAGCCUGAGUGCGAUAAACUCAUCAUGGCAUCCAUUAACAAAAAUUACGUCGAGAAGCACGCGUACCCUAUCACCACCGAACUCCAGAACCGAUGUGUGAACAUGAUUGCAAAUCUAUUCAAUGCUCCGUUAGGAGAGACGGAGACAGCCGUCGGAGUAGGGACCGUUGGAUCAUCUGAGGCCAUAAUGUUGGCCGGUUUGGCCUUUAAGCGAAAAUGGCAGAACAAGCGUAAAGAAAAAGGCAAACCCUUCGAUAAACCAAAUAUUGUCACCGGAGCCAAUGUUGAUGAAGUGUGUUGGGAGAAAUUCGCCAGGUACUUUGAGGUUGAGCUUAAAGAAGUCAAACUAAGCGAAGGAUAUUAUGUGAUGGAUCCAGAGAAAGCUGUUGAGAUGGUUGAUGAGAACACUAUAUGUGUUGCGGCCAUUCUUGGUUCCACUCUUAAUGGAGAAUUCGAAGAUGUCAAACUCUUGAACGAUCUCUUGGUCCUAAAGAACAAAGAAACCGGUUGGGACACACCGAUCCAUGUGGAUGCAGCAAGUGGAGGAUUCAUAGCACCGUUUUUGUAUCCGGAACUGGAAUGGGACUUUAGGUUGCCGUUGGUGAAGAGUAUAAAUGUGAGUGGUCACAAGUAUGGACUUGUGUACGAAGGCAUUGGUUGGGUGGUGUGGAGAACCAAAGAGGAUUUGCCCGAGGAACUCAUCUUCCACGUCAAUUAUCUUGGUGUAGACCAACCCACUUUUACUCUCAAUUUCUCUAAAGGUUCAAGUCAAGUCAUAGCUCAAUACUACCAACUUAUCAGAUUGGGCCACGAGGGUUAUAGAAAUGUAAUGGAGAAUUGCAGAGAGAAUAUGAUCGUGCUAAGGGAAGGACUUGAGAAGACAGAAAAGUUCAACAUCAUAUCAAAAGACGAGGGAGUGCCACUUGUCGCUUUUUCCUUGAAAGAUAGCAGCUCUCACACUGAGUUCGAAAUCUCCCACAUGCUUCGCAGGUACGGAUGGAUAGUGCCAGCAUAUACAAUGCCUCCAAACGCACAGCACAUAACUGUUCUUCGAGUGGUCAUCAGAGAAGAUUUCUCAAGAACACUCGCAGAGAGACUUGUGAUUGAUAUUGACAAAGUGAUGCGUGAGCUCGAUGAGCUUCCUUCGCGAGUAGUCCACAAAAUUUCGCUAGGAGAGGAGAAGAGUGAAGCUAAUGGUGAUAAAUUGAGAGUGACUGUGAAGAAAAGCGAUAUGGAGAUGCCGAGAGAGAUCAUCAAUGACUGGAAGAAGUUGGUUUCCGACAGGAAGAAGACAAAUGGUAUCUGUUAAUUUAGUACUAGUGAAAUGUCUGAACUGCUUUAUUAAUAAUGCAACUGCAUUGAUUCGGAGAUUUGAAGUUUUUUCCUUUCUUGUUGUUGAACUAAGUGUUUUUUAUUUGAUUAACUUGUAAUGUCUUUUGAUAUUAUUGCAGCAUUAUGAAAAAAGUUUGUGUUAUUUGUUACCUAUUGCUUAUAGAAUUAAGAAAAUUAGUAAUCUCAUUGUUCUUUUUUUUUUUGAAAAAAUAUUCCGUUAGCUGGUAGGAUAACGUAACAUAAGAAAAUGGGUGAUAACUUUUUAUAAAAGUGUUUAAUUCUGAUAAACCAAACU